AUGGGUUUCGGAAUCAUAGUGUGUGCUAAAGUGAUAAAAAGCUGAACUCGCUUGUGAAAUUUUUUGCCGAAAUUAUGUCGUUUCUAACAGAUUUGCAUAUUAUUCGUAGUGUUUUAUCAAUUUUCUUAUUAACUUUAUUGUCGGUACAAAUUUCAGAAGGAUCAAAAGCGGAAUUUGUAACAUGCGGCUCUAUUUUGAAGAUGAUAAAUACCGACUUGAGAUUGCGACUUCACUCACACGACGUGAAGUACGGCUCAGGGUCUGGACAGCAGUCGGUGACAGCAGUAGAUGUGGCUGAUGACUCUAACAGUCACUGGUUGGUGCGUGCUCCCAUGGCGGAGUCAUGUAAACGCGGGGCUCCCAUCAAAUGCAAUACGAAUAUCCGUCUACAACAUGUAUCUACCAAGAAGAAUCUGCACUCACACUAUUUCUCGUCACCUCUCUCGGGCAAUCAGGAGGUCUCAUGUUAUGGCGAUGAGGAAGGUGAAGGAGACAGUGGUGAUCACUGGACUGUAGUCUGCAAUAAUGACUUCUGGAGGAGGGAUACCCCUGUCAAACUACGACAUGUAGACACAGGAGCGUUCCUUGCUGGCUCAGGCCGUACAUUCGGACGGCCAAUCAGUGGGCAGGGUGAAAUAGUUGGCGUUAAUUCACAGUAUGGCGCGUAUACUGACUGGCAAGCUAAAGAGGGACUUUUCAUUCACCCAGGCGAACUAUUACCACACCAGCAUGCAAUACACUCUGAGUUAUAAU